UUGGCAUGAUAAAAAAAAAGAUGGUUCAUAAUCCACUUAAGGUUUUUAAGAAUGCAUUUUCGUCAGAGAGACUUCGUUUACCGAACAAGCCGUUAAACGAGACCAGUCUUCCAUAUCCGCUUGCCUCAGACGUAUCCGUGGAAGAUUAUAACUUUUUCAUCGAAAGUGGAGAGAUAAGUGGAUACAAAUUCGAAUAUAACAACGGCACUGUAUAUAUAGUCGAUAUGUGCUCAAAUGAACAUGAAGCUAUUAAUGAGGUGCUGCGGGACUCUUUCCGUGCUCACUGCCCUACUACUACUUAUGCUAUUUAUAAUGCCCCAAUACAAAUUCGUGGUCAGCCGCUUCAUGAAUCACCAGCUGGUGACAGAACUCGCAUUGCACCGGAUCUUGCUGUCUUUCCACAUCCAAAUUAUGUUCCAGAUCCUCCAGUUCCGCACCCUGGUCCGCCACCCAGUGAUACAAGAGGAAACCCUUAUGCAAGAAUAAUUUGUGAAAUAGCCGUGGCCCAAACUUCCUCCAGCUUGAAUGUUAAAUGCAGACUUUGGAAGCUGAAUUCGUACGUACGAUCUGUGCUUGGCAUUAAACUUUACAAUAUAAUGAACACACGCAAUAACCCACAAAGAAAAAGAGAUCGUGCAAUGAAGGCUACGCUUUGGCGGCAAGGUGUUCCAAAACAGAAGUGGAAAUUUGGCACUGUAAACAAAGACGGUUCCCCUACUGGCCCUACUGGUUGUCAUGGCCCGAACGACCCCAACUAUGUAAUUACAAUCCCUGUUAGCAACGUAUUUUACGAUCCAGCGAUUCCUGAAAUCGGAUAUACUCCAUUACCUCCUCCUGCAACAUUGAUGACUGCUGUUUUUGAAAUCGACUUAUACGAAGUUCAGCAAAUGGUUUUACUUAGUCAGGCAAAAUAA